CAUCUCUACUCGUGGGCCAGCGUGGUUGCAAAACCUUUGGUUCGACUUUAUUCCUGGAUUUGAUUUGAUAAAUUCCCGUAUCCCGCCCCAAGAUGCCCCCGAAGAAGGCGCCGCCAGGUCCCAGCAAGAAGACGGAGCAGAAGAAGAAGGAGAAAGUCAUUGAGGACAAGACCUUCGGGCUGAAGAACAAGAAGGGCAACAAGCAGCAGAAGUUCAUCCAGCAGGUGCAGAAGCAGGUGCAGUCCGGCGGCCAGCAUCCCCGCCAGGAUGGCGACAAGCGCAAGGAGGAGAAGGACAAGAAGCUGGCCGAGCAGCGCGAGAUGGCCCUGCUCUUCAAGCCGGUGCAGACGCAGAAGGUGGACAAGGGCACCGAUCCCAAGUCGGUGGUCUGCGCCUUCUUCAAGCAGGGCCUCUGCACGAAGGGCGACAAGUGCAAGUUCUCCCACGAUUUGUCGCUGGAGAACAAGGUCGAGAAGCGCUCCAUUUACGUGGACAUGCGCGACGAGGACGAUCCGAUGACCAACUGGGACGACGCCAAGCUCAAGGAGGUGGUCGAGAAGAAGAGCUCCGGCGAGAAGCAGCGUCCCACCACGGACAUUAUCUGCAAGUUCUUCCUGGAGGCCGUGGAGAAGUCCAAGUACGGCUGGUUCUGGGAGUGCCCCAAUGGCGGCAAGUGCAUCUACCGGCACGCCCUGCCCGCCGGUUAUGUGCUGAAGCGCGACAAGAAGAAGGAGGAGAAGGUCACGGAAAUCUCGCUGGUCGAUCUGAUCGAGAAGGAGCGCGCCGCUUUGGGUCCCAACCAGACGCGCGUCACCCUGGAGUCCUUCCUCGCCUGGAAGAAGCGCAAGCUGUCCGAGAAGAAGGCCAAGCUGGUGGCUGAGGAGGAGCGCAAGAAGAACGACUUCAGCAAGGGCAAACAGUUCGGCAUCUCGGGUCGCGAGAUGUUCAGCUUCAAUCCCGAUUUGGUCGACGACGGGCCAAUGGAGGAGGGCGAUGCCGCCUUCGAUAUCUACAAGCGCGAGGACGACGACGACGAGAAUGUGUUCGAGUUCAAGGAACUCGAUCUGGCCGCCCUGUCGCUGGCCGCCAAGGAGGUGGACGGCUCGGGCACCAUUGCCUCCACCAAUCGACUGCUGGAUCAGGCGGAGGAGGCAGCCAAAACCGCCGCAGCCGAGGAGGCAGCGGCCGGCGAGGAUGGCCCCUCGUCGUCGUCUGCACCCGCCAACGAUGCCGCCCCCAUCAACAAGGAUCUCUUUGUCGAUCUGGCCGGCGAACUGGAUGACUUGGAUCUGGAGGACGAGGACGAUGACUAGACCUCCGCCACUGUAGUUUGUUUGAAAUGAGUUCAUAAAAUGAUUUCUGCCUUUUAGCUACCCUCAAUCAAUAAAGUUGUGGCUUUCAAUUGUUGCAUUUCUGGAAAAAGA